GGUCUGUUGUGAAAGAUGGAAGGAUCACUCCCAAUACUGUACGUGUGCUCGAGCUCCUUUGUGUUACGUUGUAGUUUUUCACUCGGCUUUACGAUUUUCCAUUUGAGGGUUUUGUCUGGGACAACAUGGCUGCCGCAGCAGGUCGCUACUACAACGAGGGUGGCAGAGCAACGAAAAGACAGAAAACCGAAGACGGGAUGACGACGGUAAGCAUAGACUCCCUUCGUUGGGAAGGAAAGGUGCAUGCAUCAGUAAAACAAAAAAUAGCCAGCGUUUUGGAACUUAAGAGUGUGCAAAACAUGAACAUGAGCUAGCCUAAAUCAGGCGGAAGUAGUUAGCUACGGCACAGUAAUUAGCUAGCUGAAGUAGCCUCAACACCCGUGUUUUUGCUAGUUUAACUAUUGGUUAUGUGUAUUACUCCACACUUUUACUAUUACCGUUCCACUGUAAGCUUGUAUACAAACUCAUAAACUGUAGUUAACAUUAUUAGCUAGUUUGUUUUUGUUGUCGAUGUGCGGCUAAUGAAGCUAACUAGGUUUUUAGUUAGCUAACGUUAGCGUUGUAUGAUGAAGGUUAGGUUAGUCAGCAGGCUCAUCAUGAAUAAAACCAAGCGGGGAUACUUGGUGACCAUUUUCAUUAAUUUAGUACACUUGUUUCCGAGUAUUUUACAACACUGCAAUGCAUUUGGGCAGAACCUUGUGAUAUCACCUGUUUGUGUGUGUAACGUUAGCUAUCCAACGUUACCUGUUUAGGGCCUAAGUGGAAUACACGACAAGCGUUAGCCAGCUAACAAUCCCCUGGCAGGCAGCCGUUCCACUCACUUAUACACGGGCUUGCCUUUCCAGGAAGAACAGGCUUCAUGCAAAGCCCCCCACCACUCUUUCAUUUUGUUUAUGAUGUGUUGUUCAUAUCAACCACACGUUGUUUGCCAAGCCCGUCAUUGUUUACUUAGCAAGGAUUUUUUGGUACCCUGGGGUGGUGCCUGUUAUUAAUGGCGGGUUGGUUUUAAUUGGUAGCACAUACCCUGGGGAUGUGUAUAUUACCAUGGUUUUUAUCUCUACUUUUUUUGUCUUGUUUGUAAGGAGGGCUAUGAUGACCCCCAUAAAACGCUCCCUUCCCCGGUGGUCCACAUCAGGGGCCUUGUUGAUGGUAUCAUGGAGGCAGAUCUAGUGGAAGCCCUGCAGGAGUUCGGGACAAUCAGGUGACUGUCCUACACACUUGAACAAUCCUUUUCUUGAACUGGAUAUAUUUUAGAUUUUGCACCAUUCCAAAUCCAUUGGUGAUGUAUUUUGUUCCUGUAAGUUUGUCCCAUAGGACGGUGCACAAUUGGCCCAGCGUCGUCCGGGUUUGGCCGGUGUAGGCUGUCAUUGUAAAUAAGAAUUUGUUCUUAACUGACUUGCCUAGUUAAAUAAAGGUAAAAAAAAAAAAAAAAAAAGAGGCUAAGUUCAUCCCAUUAUCCUAAUUGCAGUGCAUUUUAUUCAAUCUUCCAUUCUCUUCACAGUUAUGUGGUCAUGAUGCCCAAGAAGCGCCAGGCCCUGGUGGAGUACGAGGACUUGAAUGGAUCCUGCAAUGCUGUGACCUACGCAGCUGAGAACCAGGUCUACAUCGCUGGGCACCCCUCCUUCAUAAACUACUCCACCAGCCAGAAGAUCUCCCGGCCUGGAGACCCAGACGACUCACGCAGCGUCAAUAACGUGCUGCUGCUCACCAUCAUGAACCCUAUCUACCCCAUCACCUCGGUAACACACCCACCAUUAUACAAGGCAGCUGUUUCAUUGCUAUGACAAGGCACCAUUGUUUGGCUCGCUGCAACACAUUGUUAAAGGUCCAAUUCAGCCGUUUUAUCUCAAUAUCAAAUAAUUUCUGGGUAAGAAUGAAGUACCUUACUGUGAUUUUCUUUUUGGCCGUUUUUAUUGAAAACAAAAAUAGCUUCAUAGCAAAGAGCAAAUUCUCAAGCUAGAAUUUUGCAAGGAUUGUCUGGGAGUGGUCUGAGUGGGGAGGCGAAAACUAGAUGUUAUUGGCAGAGGGGUUUGGACUCGUUCUCAUUAGUCUAUUAACUAAUUUACCACCUGGUGAUGUCACCAGGCAGGCCCAAAUUCCAUCCCACUAAAACAGGCUGACAUUUUUGGUGGUCUUUUCAAACAGCUCUUACACUAAAAUGGCAUAAUUUUCACAAUUUCACAGUAUUAUUCCAACCUCUGUGUGAAAAUGCAUAAAACACAGGAAAAUGAAGUUUGACUGCACUGGGCCUUCAAUCAAACUAUUUGGUUCUCUGCUCUGCAGGAUGUGCUGUACACCGUCUGUAACAACUGUGGGCCUGUGCAAAGGAUCGUCAUCUUCAGGAAGAAUGGAGUUCAGGCCAUGGUGGAAUAUCCUUUGCUCAAAAUCCCAUAUUGUUCAAAAUGUCUUAUCGAGCCUGGGAUCUCACACAGGUUCACAUUCACUGCAGUGCAUGCCACACAAUCUUACUUCACUCCACACUUGAAGCUUCUGUCAGCACCCCUUACACGUCGUUUAUAGGUGAUGGCUAGUAAAUAUUUGUUUAUUUUGUAAAUAUUUGUGCUCGAUAUAGAUCUAAUUGUAUAACAAGUGCUCUUAGUUUUUGUGAGCAGAGCUUUGAAUGUCAAGAUGAACAUGGAAUGUGUAAUGUAGGCGAAUGCUUUUAUUACCCAUAGUUUCCUUCACUUCCCAUACAUUUGACUCUGUGCAAAGUGCCCAGAGGGCGAAAGCCUCUCUAAAUGGGGCAGACAUCUACUCUGGCUGCUGCACACUGAAGAUUGAGUACGCCAAGGUGAGUGGUUACAUGCUUACGUCCAUUUGCCCAUCUAAACACCAGGGUCAUUUCACUGAAGGAACACUGUGAUGGGCAAAAUAAUCAAAUGUUUGAAUGUCCAUCUUCACAGCCAACCCGCCUCAACGUGUUCAAGAAUGACCAGGACACCUGGGACUACACAAACCCCAACCUGAGUGGCCAAGGUAAAACACACACAGCCCCUCAUCCCUCCCCCUACCUUUCCCAUCCUUCUGCUCUAAUGGCACUAUGUGGGAUGGGUAGGGUCCCAGGCCUCCGGCUGUAGUGCCUUUGAACACCCUGCUCCACGGUAACUUUGGCCACAACCACAACCACAACCAAAGCUGUUCAGAGGCACUAUGUCUGUGACGCAUCACCCCGUGUCCUCAUGCUCUCUCUCAACACCACAGACGCGCAGUAAGGGCACGAGGAGUGACCUCGAGGGGCAGCCAUUUUGCAGCACAUGGUCCUGCACGUUGAAUCGUCUACAUCGCAGACCACUGCAUGCAUUCAUGGGUAAACUGAGGAAUGCCCCGUUUUGCCACAGUGAAGCACCCGGGGUCUCGUCACACAGAUUCACAUUCCCUGCAGUGCAUGUCACAACCUCACUUCCACACAUCAAGCACCUGUCAGCACCCAAGCACUGUGUUGCGCCCUAGGCGUCUCGCUUGGAAUGCCCCUGCAUCAUUAAUCUCAAACAUAUUGGAGAUUUUGUUUGCAAAAUACGGUUAUGGUUGUUUCUUUCUUUUGCUUAGUCAAUCACAGGUAAGGUCAGGUUUUGGUAUUCAAGUCUGUUCCUUGGGGCUAAAGUGUCUGUAGCUUUUUGUUCUAGCCAGGGGGAGUUAGACAACCUCUGAUCCUGUAGCUGUCAUGGACCAGGUUUCCCUGCCAUUGGGGGGGGGAGGGAUUAAGUGAAAGGGAUAAUCCACCCCAGAAAUAAAUCUCCUGUCAAUUUGGUGAAAGCCUAUGUUCUAUCAGAGGGUAAAAUUAAAAUGGUCCGUCUGUGAAAUCAGAAAAAUCAUGUAGGAAUGCGUCAUAGCUACAUGGUUCUCGUCACUGGAGAUGGGGGAUAACACACAAUCACAUUUCAUAACGCUUUUAAAACCAUUACCUGCAUUCCAGAUCGUCAAAUCAGCCAGUCGAUGGUAUGGCCAUACUUGUGUAGAACACAUCAUCCGUUUAUAUCGUCACAUGGGAAAGGGCCGUUGUUGCCAUAGCAACACACUCGCUCUGGGCAGAGAGGAACUGCAAGCUGAACCCGGUGAGAGACUCCUAAAUUGAUAGUGCGGUUUCUGCGAUUCUACAGCAAGCUAGCUACUUCACAUGCUGAAAUUGACUUUGGUGUUAUUGUGUGUAGCUACGUUUGCUAGUUAGCCAGCCAGUCAGCCCAGAGAGAGUUUUGUAGUCAGAUUUCCACAACGAUUUUCACGUUGCUAGCAACCUUGUUAUGACAAAAUGAAACAUUUGUUCACAAAGAUUUUUCACAUAUUAGUGUUAACACUGUUAAUCAUAAGACUUAGUGGUUUGGGGUGGAUUAUCCCUUAAUUUUAUUUCAUUAGGAACAUCUAUGGUAACAUUGCAGAGACAUUUGUUCAAGGAAUCAAUGGUAUUUCUGGAACUUUCAAGAAGUCCAGUUUACAACCUGUCAAUCAGUCAGUCGUUCACUCCAUUUGCAGAUGGCUGUUUUGAAUCCAAGUAGGGUUUCUCGUGGCCAUCUGUCUCCUUUUGGAGAUGCUGUGCUGCCAUGACUGCGAAAAUAAAAUCAUAGUAUCCCAGUGAUAUAUGAUGCUUGGUCGAUACUUUCAUCUAACAUUGCUCUCUUAGUUCAGCCUCUUAAAGUGCAGAAUAUUUGGAAUCUAAUGGGACACGGUGCAACAGCAGUAUGUGAUUUAACUUGCUUUUAGCCAUAUGCCCUGAUCCCUUUUAUGCAAAAGGAAACACAUUUUUAGUUGGGGUGGUAGUCCAUUUAAUCACCCUGGUGAGCGGGGAGUGUUUGGUCGUUCAGAUUCUCAUAUUUGAGCCACAAUGAGUUUCUUAGUAGUUUCAUGGCCACAUCUUCAUUUCAGACACUUGACACUCAGAGGUAACAGGUGAAAGAACGGCUGUCCCAUGUGUUUAGACAGUCCCUGUUAAUGUGCAGGUGUUAAGGUGUGGCUGGCUGCCCCGUGAGAAAGAGGUGCUCCUCAUUGUGUCCUCACUGUGCACACUCAUACAGACUCAAUUACAGCUCUAUGCAGACACAUGCUGCUGCUAAAGACACAACAGCAGCCACCCACUGGCACUCCAAACCAACCAGCUCUUCAGUAAACAUUGGGACACAAUGGGGGCAGCAGACACUGGAAUUCACACAACCCCAACUCUCAAUACUUCCUACUCCCAAUUUCCACCACCACUCCACUUCUGCAAGGAAAAAACAUUUUACUCUUUAUCCCACUGUUUGGGGAAAGUAGCAAUCCUGUUUUGAUCAUGGUGAGGGCCUGAGACACUCAUGGUGAGGGCCUGAGACACUCCCAAGAGUCAAUUGUGAGCAGACACCCAGCAUUAACCACCCCCACAGACUGAUCUGAUAGAUUGAUAGCCAUCCAUCCUCUUACAAGUACAGCAUAUCUCAUCUCCAGAAUGCUGAAGAUCUCACCUUUUGACACAGCACAUUUUGUGUGAUGGGGGCGGGAGUCUGGUGUGUGUGGCCGAUAAGGCCACUCCUCCCAGCCCUCGGGAUCUGACUGUCAGACACAACCACUUCAGCGAGCAACAGAGGAGUUUUCUAAACACACUCUAAAAGCCUGAGAAGGGAACAGAUGACACUACAUACUGAGACAAUAUACAGAGGCAGAGAGAGACCACUCUUUUCUCAAACUACCACUAUGCCAUCCCAUCUCUUGACUUGGGUGUCUGGGCUUCCUUUUGCUAUCACUCUCCCCUCUUGUGCUGAACAACACAACACACCACCGAGCUGAAUACUCACGGCAAUGACACACCAAGCUGAAUCGCCAUGACAACACACCACCACGCAGACAAUGCCAUUCCAGAUGUUUUUACUGCCAAGCACUAGAUGCCUCUCACUUCGCCAUGGGGGGACCACCUCUAUGGUAAAAAAACAAGCAGCACACGUGUGGCCACUUACAUGAGAAGACGCACCCCACAAACUCAAGGGGGACCACGAAGACACAAGCAUCAAACACCCGCAAAGCAUACAAGCACAGAGGCAGACUGAUAGAAACUUCAGCAUUUUCCCAAAGCUCUCUCUGCAUUGAUGGACUCAGGUGCUGUUUUUUCCCCUUUACCUUCCCCUCCCAUUUCCCCUCUUCUCCGUGCUGUUCUUGUGUUGAUUCUACUACGUUGUUUUUUUCUUUCUGAACUGGCCCGUAAGUGAUACCUCUAACACCUCCCGUGUGAUGCAGGUUUGGCUCUGUGUGUCUGACGACAAGACACGCCUCAAUCAAAUGGUGCAAAUGUCCUCCGGCUUUGCGGUCAAAGCACGGUAAGCUGGAAAUUUGCCUCAAAUGGCAACCCAUAAAAAACAAAGUGACGGCAACUUGAAGCCAAGCAUGGAAGAUUGGUGGAUGCUCUUUCUCUGGUGGUGGGGAAAGGUGGAAACAGUGAGUUGAAGCUGGAGUCACAGGUUUGGCGGGUAGGAUCCUUGCUGAAGAGUGCCCCCUACCUGCCCUCUGCAUCCUGUGUUCUCCGUGUCUGGUGCUGUAAGUACAUGUAAAGAGACAUGACUGACCUGGUGAUAGAGAAUGAUUGUAAUGUAAAUUGUUUGUUGUGAUUGACUUUGUCAACCCCAUAUGUGAAUUGUUGACUUUUAUCAAACUCAUGCAUCAAAUUCCAGGUCUGGAAUCUUCUGAGAUUUCUGCUUGUGCUCUUUAAUAAUUAUGUAGAAAUGUGUAGUCUCACAGCAAAAUUUAUGAAAAUAUCUAGUUUUCCACUGUUUGUGUAAGCUGAUAUAGUUUGUAAUAUCACAGUUCGCUGGACAUUUUAGGAAAAUUAUUUGGUUGUUGGGUAGCUGUACAUUAUAGCUAGCCAAUAUAAGAUACACUUGAGUGUAGAAAACAUUAGGAACUCCUGCUCUUUCCAUGACACUAUCCAGGUGAACGCGAUGAUCCAUUAUUGAUGUCACCUGUUAAAUCCACUUCAAUCAGUUUAGACGAAGGGGAGGAGACAGGUUAAAGAGGGAUUUUUAAGCCUUGAGACAUGGAUUGUGUGUGUGCCAUUUAGAGGGUGAAUGGGCAAGACAAAAUUCACACUCCGUUUCCCAUGUGUGUCAGGAAUGGUCCACCACCCAAAGGACAUCCAUCCAACUUGACACAACUGUGGGAGUCAACAUGGGCCAGCAUCCCUGUGGAAUGCGUGACACCUUGUAGAGUCCAUGUCCCGACGAAUUGAGGCUGUUCAACUCAAUAUUAGGAAGGUGUUCCUAAUGUUUUGUAAACUCUGUAUUCAUUCACGCAAAAGAGGUCCAGCAUUUCAGUCAAUGGCAAUAUGAAAUUCCAGGCCUGGUUUUUGUUUUUCUGUCAACUGUUCUUUAGACUUUGUGGCCCAUGGGUGGGGUACCAUGCAUUUGUUGUCAGACUAGGAAACUCAAUUCAUUGCUAGAAUCAGUUGUUUUGAUGUCUACAUUUUAAUAGCUCAAUGAAGAGUAAAAUAUUUCUGAAUUAAAAAUGUAUCUUAAUUCAUGUAGCCCGUUUUUGCCACGGGUUUGUGCUCUAGUCGGCUUUCUUAGAUGGAACAUCUUGCACAAUAUUCUUUUUUUUCUUCUACUAAUAAAUGUAUUGAGACAUUCUAUUGGUUGAAGAAUAUUUGUUUAGAGUUUAAGUUUGUACAUAAUUUGUUUUGGUUUUGACUGUGUAUGUACCUGCACAGAUGCUGACGCUGAAGGCAAUUGGAACAAUUCACAAGGUGUGUGAGUUCGAAUGAGAAUGGUUAAGAGUAUUAGUAUGCGAGAGUAUCCAUUCCAUUCGCUAUGCUGCUGUUAAAUCCUCCUACAAAUCUCCAGUAUGUUACAUUUUAUAGUUAUGGUAACAGAUAGCAUGAGGGCCUGCAUAAACCUUGAUUUCCUUAACACGCUCAAUAUCUUUACCCAGCUUCUUGUGCAUGUUAAUCACAGCACUGUCCCAUAGUUUGUAGAUGUGCCCCUUUUGACACACUGAUACACUGUCUUAUCAGGAAUCAGGGGCUCACUUUAUUGCUGUUUCUUGCUCUCAGAUCCCAAUGCCAACCCCAACAAGCGUGUGAGACAGCCAGCUCUACUAGGAGACCAUCCUCCAGAGUAUGGUAAGUAGGCAGAGACGUUCUUUGUACUGUGAGCGUCACAGGUCAACUCUGUUGGAAUGUCUAGAAUGACUCCAGUAACAGUUUGACUCGGUUUGCCCAAUCACCUCUGUUUAUCCAUUUCUUUCACAAGGCGGCCCAACCGGUGGGUAUCACGGCUACCAUGAUGAAAGCGGCUACGGACCCCCUCCACACUAUGAGGGUGGGCGCCGCAUGGGGCCUCUGAUGGGAGGGCGUGGCCGCGGACGUGGCGGCAGUUACGGGGGACCUGGGUAUGGACAUGGCCCACCUCCCCCUGGUGACUACAGCGCCCACGCUGACUCCCCUGUUGUCAUGGUGUACGGCCUGGAGCCCGCGAAGAUCAACGCCGACAAGGUCUUCAACGUCUUCUGUCUCUAUGGCAACGUGGAGCGGGUGAGUUCAGACGGGAACGGUGCAUUACUGAGGCAUGGUUAUAGACUGUUCAGGGUUAUGUUCUUGCUGGGGGUAUAGACUGGUGAAAACAAGGUUCUAUGGUCAGGUUGGAGGUGGGUAGUAGCAGUGGUGGGAAAAAGUACUCAAUUGUCGUACUUGAGUAAAAGAUACCUUAAUAGAAAAUGACUUAAGUAGUAUUUUACUGGGUGACUUUCACUUAUGUAAAAGUAUCUGGUUCUAAAUGUAUUUAAGUACAGCGGUGGAAAAAGUACUCAAUUGCCAUACUUGAGUAAAAGUAAAAUACAUCAAACUCCUUUAUAUUAAGCAAACCAGAAGGCACGAUUUUCUUGUUUUUAUUUAUUUACGGACAGACGGGCACACUCGGACAUCAAUUACAAACGCUGUAUUUGUGUUUAGUCUGCCAGAUCAGAGGCAGUAGGGAUGACAACGACUUUUAUACAGUGGGGAGAACAAGUAUUUGAUACACUGCCGAUUUUGCAGGUUUUCCUACUUACAAAGCAUGUAGAGGUCUGUACUUUUUAUCAUAGGUACAUUUCAACUGUGAGAGACAGAAUCUAAAACAAAAAUCCAAAAAAUCACAUUGUAUGAUUUUAAAGUAAUUAAUUAGCAUUUUAUUGCAUGACAUAAGUAUUUGAUCACCUACCAACCAGUAAGAAUUCCGGCUCUCACAGACCUGUUAGUUUUUCUUUAAGAAGCCCUCCUGUUCUCCACUCAUUACCUGUAUUAACUGCACCUGUUUGAACUCAUUACCUGUAUAAAAUACACCUGUCCACACACUCAAUCAAACAGACUCCAACCUCUCCACAAUGGCCAAGACCAGAGAGCUGUGUAAGGACAUCAGGGAUAAAAUUGUAGACCGGCACAAGGCUGGGAUGGGCUACAGGACAAUAGGCAAGCAGCUUGGUGAGAAGGCAACAACUGUUGGCGCAAUUAUUAGAAAAUGGAAGAAGUUCAAGAUGACGGUCAAUCAUCCUCGGUCUGGGGCUCCAUGCAAGAUCUCACCUCGUGGGACAUUAAUGAUCAUGAGGAAGGUGAGGGAUCAGCCCAGAACUACACGGCAGGACCUGGUCAAUGACCUGAAAAGAGCUGGGACCACAUUCUCAAAGAAAACCAUUAGUUACACACUACGCCGUCAUGGAUUAAAAUCCUGCAGCGCACGCAAGGUCCCCCUGCUCAAGCCAGCGCAUGUCCAGGCCCGUCUGAAGUUUGCCAAUGACCAUCUGGAUGAUCCAGAGGAGGAAUGGGAGAAGGUCAUGUGGUCUGAUGAGACAAAAAUAGAGCUUUUUGGUCUAAACUCCACUCGCUGUGUUUGGAGGAAGAAGAAGGAUGAGUACAACCCCAAGAACACCAUCUCAACCGUGAAGCAUGGAGGUGGAAACAUCAUUCUUUGGGGAUGCUUUUCUGCAAAGGGGACAGGACGACUGCACCAUAUUGAGGGGAGGAUGGAUGGGACCAUGUAUCGCGAGAUCUUGGCCAACAACCUCCUUCCCUCAGUAAGAGCAUUGAAGAUGGGUCGUGGCUGGGUCUUCCAGCAUGACAACGACCCGAAACACACAGCCAGGGCAACUAAGGAGUGGCUCCGUAAGAAGCAUCUCAAGGUCCUGGAGUCUCCAGACCUGAACCCAAUAGAAAAUCUUUGGAGGGAGCUGAAAGUCCGUAUUGCCCAGCGACAGCCCCGAAACCUGAAGGAUCUGGAGAAGGUCUGUAUGGAGGAGUGGGCCAAUAUCCCUGCUGCAGUGUGUGCAAACCUGGUCAAGACCUACAGGAAACGUAUGAUCUCUGUAAUUGCAAACAAAGGUUUCUGUACCAAAUAUUAAGUUCUGCUUUUCUGAUGUAUCUAAUACUUAUGUCAUGCAAUAAAAUGCAAAUUAAUUACUUAAAAAUCAUACAUCAUCUCCCCACUGUAGGUGCGUGAAUUGGACCAUAUUGCUGUCCUGCCUGAGCAUUCGAAAUGUGAUGGGUACUUUUGGGUGUCCGGGAAAAUGUAUUGGAGAAAAUCAAAUUUUCUUUAGGAAUGUAGUGGAGUAAAAGUCAAAUAACCCCAAAAAAGUAGUACUUUAAAGUAUUUUUACACCACUGGAUAAUAGGAUAGGGUUUCUGAGCUCUGUCCCCUCUGUCCUCAGGUGAAGUUCAUGAAGAGUAAGCCAGGGGCAGCCAUGGUGGAGAUGGGCGACUGCUACGCUGUGGACCGUGCCAUCAGCCACCUCAACAACAACUUCCUGUUUGAACAGAAGCUCAACGUCUGGUCAGUGCUGCUUUUAAACUCCGCAUACACAUUGAUGUCCAUAGAAACUGAGUAGUAACACAUCGAUACAACAGGUUUGUAGUGUUGAUGUACAGACUCAAUGUUGUCCAUCCUCCGUCCACAGUGUGUCCAAGCAGCAGGCCAUCAUGCCAGGUCAGUCCUACGAGCUGGAGGAUGGCUCCAGCAGCUUCAAGGACUUCCACGGCUCCCGCAACAACCGCUUCACCUCCCCGGAGCAGGCGGCCAAGAACCGCAUUCAGCACCCCAGCAACGUCCUACACUUCUUCAACGGGCAGCCCGACAUCUCCGUGGAGGUCUUCAACGGGGUAAGACAACUGGAGAGGAUUGGGGGCUGGAAGCUUUGGAUUGGGCUGUUGGUUCUCUUGGAGGGUUGAACUUUACAAGUUUGGCUUACCUAGUUUGUGUGUGCGUGGAAAAUUGAUUUCUCAUGAACAAACCCAUUAUCUAUCCUUUCAGGUCUGUGAGGAACUUGGUGUUAAGAACCCAUCUAACAUCAAACUCUUCACCGGAAAGAGUGAGUAAUAUGAACUUUAUUUGCAUGAAUCAUGUUGCAUCUGGUCUUUACAUUGGAGCGAGUUCCCAUUGGUUAGGGGUUGCAGUGUCAAUAAAUUGGAAUGUGUCUCUCUCGCCUCGGGUGGCGCGACAGGUGAGCGGAGCUCAUCCGGGCUGCUGGAGUGGGAAUCUAUAAACGACGCCAUGGAGGCUCUGGCCAUGAUGAACCACUACCAGAUGAAGAACCCCAGUAAGUACUCAGACUGCGAUAACAACACCACAGCUAAUGAUACCAACGGUGAGCAAAUACACAGUAACUAGUCUGUCAUUCAGGAGUGACUUUCCCAAAAACAUGAAGAUUAUCUUUAGCACUAAGAUCAGUCCGGGAUUCAUUCGAAGGCGCUGCACUACCCUACCGACAAUUAGCCUUUUUUAUAGUCAAUUUAUCAAACGUUCACGGAGAUCGCAUUCAUGGUAAACGCUGUGGAUGUUGGCUCAAGUGUAAAUGGCGGAACAAUGAUCUUAAUUCUAAAUAUUCUUUGUUUUUGGGAAUCCACCCCAGACUAGUUAAUGAGAAUGUAUUAUUCCGGCCCGACAACAUCUCUCCACAGUUGGCUAACCUUCCCACCUUUCUUCCAGGUGGUCCAUACCCCUACACACUGAAGCUGUGUUUCUCAACCGCGCAGCAUGCCAACUAG